AUGAUCAUUUGGGAUUAUAUUGUGGUAGGAGGUGGCAUAGCCGGUUCUGUUAUCUCGAAUAGACUGCACGAGAAGAACCCGCAUCUUCGAAUUCUCCUAAUCGAAGCCGGCCCUGACACCCACCGUCUUGCGAACAUCGACUUGCUCGACAAUGACGCCGAGGUCAUUCACAACCACACUUGGGACUUUCAUUCGACUCCACAGGUGAAUCUUAACGAUCGAAAGAUAGCUACCCCGCAGGGUAAGGGAUUAGGUGGCGGCACUGCCAUAAACGGAGCUGCUUGGGUCCGUGGAAACAGAGUAGACUACGAUAUCUGGGCCGACACAGUAGCUGACCCAAGAUGGAGUUACGAAGGGCAACUGCCCUACAUGCGGAAGACAGAAACACAUUUCGAUAACUUGACCAACCCAUCAUCCCAUGGUCACGAAGGCCGCGUAAAGAUACAAUCGCCAGCAGCUAUGGGCCGAACCUUUCCGCUACGCGAGCCCGUGAUUGAAUCUUGGGAAGAGAUUGGCAUCGCCACUCUUCCUCAGCUUGACGGCAAUGCUGGGAACAACCUCGGUGUUGCCAACAUGCAGGAAAGUAGAAAUAAAGGAAAACGUCAGCCCGCAUCUCUCAUAUACUCUCAGAAGGGUGUCACUGUCCUGACCGAUACCCUUGUUGCCAGGGUAUUGCUGGAGAAGCGCGCCAAGGGCAAAUCUCCAUUGAUUUCCCGCGGAGUCCAGCUUUCCAACGGCACCACACUCCUUGGCCGGGAGACAAUCUUGACGGCUGGUGCCUAUCGCACGCCGCAGAUAUUGAUGCUUUCAGGAAUUGGCCCGGCCGACGUAUUGGAGAAGUUUGGCAUCCCCGUUCUCUUGGAUCAGCCAUCUGUUGGUCGAAAUCUCCACGACCACAUCCUUCUUCCCACCUCUUGGAGCGUGAAGAACCCAUCCGCAGGCUACUCUAAAGAAACGGGUAACCCUCUUUUUCAUCAGCCUCAGUAUAAACUCGGGGGCUUUAUUGACUUGAUAACCGUCACGCCUGUUCCGAAAAAUGGCUUGGCUGACGCCAUAGCCAUGGAUGAAGGAUCGGCCCCAGACCCGAAAACACACCCAUUGCUCAAGCAAGAUAGAGCCCAUUCAUCAUUUCAAGUUCAAUGCGGAGGCGUCUCCGCAGACGGAUCGUCUAUCAUGCUGGUAGCCAUCGUGCUUAUCAGCUCUGCUCGAGGCUCUGUCAUCAUUCAAUCCGCCGACAUUAAGGAUGCGCCAAUUAUCGGUCAUCGAUAUCUGAGCACAAAUGUCGACCGCUACGUCGCCCGAGAAACUAUAAAACGAGGGAUUAGACUAAUGUCAUCUAAUGAUACCGUUAUUGGCCGAGAUGUUGUGGCUGGCGAGAGUUCAUCUUCCCCUCUGAGCAUCAACUCUACAGAUGAGGAGAUUGACGCCCGGAUUCGCGAGAUGGCCGGGAGUUGUCAUCAUCCGUCCGGUACAGCCGCCAUGGGUACUGUUGUAGACACCGACCUGCGCGUGAUUGGUGUGUCAGGCCUCCGCGUGGCUGACGCUUCGGUUUUCCCCAUUUCCGUCUCGGCCAAUAUUCAAGUGGCAGUUUACGCACUAGCAGAACAGGCAGCUGAGAUGAUGUUCUCGAAUCAUCAAAGUUGGGACUGGGUGUACAUCUGUGUUACGAUCAUGAAGAUUGCAGGAUAUUCCGAGGACUACUGUAUUCUCUGA